AUGGGGUGCGGCACCAGCAGGAAGGUGGUUCUGGAGCCGCCCUUGAGGGCCCAGGUCCAGCACGAGGGUCAACGCCCCGGCAGCGCCCGAGGCGGGCCUGGGCGGGAGGCAGCGGCACAGGUGGCGCAGAGCAUGCAGGUGGCUCGCGUCGGAACCAAGUUCGACCCCCGGCUACUGGCCAGAUACGACAUCAAGGCUCUUAUUGGGAGGGGAAAUUUCAGCCGGAUUGUCAGGGUAGAACAGAAGACCACCAAGAAGCCUUUUGAAAUAAAAGUGGUGGAAACCAGAGCGACAAAAGGCAGAGAAGUGUGUGACUCUGAACUCAGCAUCCCGAGGUGGGUUUGCCUUUGUUACAUCGUCCAGCUCGUAGAAAUCUUUGAGGCCCAAAAUCGCGUUUACAUGGUGAUGGAGCUGGCUACAGGAGGUGAGCUCUUCGACUGACUUAUUGCUCAGGGAUCCUUUACGGAGCGGGAUGCCAUCAGAAUCCUCUGGAUGAUUGCUGAUGGGAUUAGGUAUUUGCAUGCUUUGCAAAUAACUCAUAGGGACCUAAACUCUGAAAAUCUCUUAUACUAUCACCCAGGUGCAGAGUCAAAAAUUUUAAUUACCAAUUUUGGUUUGGCACACUCUGGGAACAAAAGUGGUGACUGGAUGAUGAGGACAUUCUGUGGGACCCCAGAGUACAUAGUCAGUGCCGUGGACAUGUGGGCUCUUGGGGUAAUUACGUAUGUUCUACUGAGUGGAUUCCUGCCCUUUGAUGAUGAAAGCCAUACAAGACUUUACAGGAAGAUUCUGAAAGGCAAAUAUAAUUACACAGGAGAGCCUUGGACAAGUAUUUCCCACUUGGUGAAAGACUUUAUAGACAAACUACUGAUUCUGGAGGCCAGUCAUCGCAUGUCAGCUGGCCAGGCCCUGGAUCACCCCUGGGUAGUCAACAUGGCUGCAGGGUCUUCCAGGAAGAAUUUUCAGAGGGCCAUUUCCCGGAACCUCCUGCAGAGGGCAGCUUCCCACUCUCAAAGUCCAGGAUCUGCACCAUCUUCUAAAUCAUGUUAUUCUCACAACUUGAGGCAUAUAUGGAGCAAGAGAAACUUAAGGAUAGCAGAAUCACCACUAUCUGUACCUUUAAAAGCAGAUGACCUCUAA